AUGAUUUCUAAACGCAUAUUCACGGGAAUUGCUUUAGAGCUUGUCAAGUGGAUCUGUCAGUGCGAAUACAUCAAUCCUUUCAGAGAUAGUGCAAGUUAUGAAAGAAAACUCGGAAAUUAUGAAAAGAAGCUUGGAUAUACUGAUUUGAAGUUGCCAAAUGUGAUGGCUCGCUUGAACUCAAAUUGGCAGAAUAUAUGGUUUUUUAGGGAAACAAAAUAUACACCAUAUCUCAAUGGAUACAAGCCGGAUCUCAGUAUUUUUGAUAUUGAUGACAUAUCAAAUGAUACAUUUAAUACCAUAGCUGUCCAAACGAUCCUGGAUUUGAAGAAGCACAAGAGAACCAUUGGAUUUUCCGAUGAAGUAAAAGGACAACUGGUGGACUAUCUUCAUAUCUUUAUGGAAUAA